UAUCCUCCACACGGUCGACAGACCCUGCAGGACCAACACCAGUCGUACUCAUACGACCCCACAUAUCAACGCGAAGGUACGAAAGUACGAAAGUACGAAAGUACCUGUAUUACAGUAGGUUUAACACGUACUCGUAAAUCUGGGAAUAAAAUUACCCUGACGAGCUCACUUCACAACUAUUUAUUACUCGCACCGUUUUGUAUAGACUUUGUGGUCCUCAAGAAGACGGAUGUCGGGGGUCACGGUUAAGAGUGAUAUUCCUCAGAGCAGGUAAAUGAAUCUGCGACGACUCAGGUCAGCCGCACUGCAGGGGGCUAUCUAUGUCAUUGUCUCAAUUGUUUUAUUUUAUUAUCUCACGGGACGUCGAACAAGUCAACUCGAAAUCCGGGGGCAGGAGACUCAGCGCAGAACCUGGCGAGAAUGUCCUGUGUGCUGUGGCGAAGUCUCGAAUAUUUUACAGAAGAUUGGCCCUGCAGAUGAGAACUUGUUCUGCUUCGAUCUUGAUUUCAUCGACCGCAAACUACAGUACUAUAGAAAUGUGACCACAUUUAAUGCUGCUUUCUCGUACUAUUUCGGAAUGGCAACACGAUUUCUCGCGGACGUUGGCUCGAAAGUGCCAAUAAGUCAAGUUAUCGUCUGGAGAAUAGAAGAUAAUGCAACGAUCCAGCUGAAAUUGGCACGCGCCCUCACGGAGAAUAACAUUGCCGUAGUUGGUCACUCGAUCGUGAGGUCUAGAGUGCCCUACCUGCAACACUACAUGACGUUCGUUCCAAAUUUCCACUUCAUUGAAACUAGAGGAUUCGUAAAUAUACUAAAAAAAAUCAGAGAAAAAGGCAUACGUUUUGAAAAGAGAAUUCCCCAGGUUAUGUGGGCUGGGUCAGAUACAGGAAUUCCUUGUGAUGGUGAGAGGCCCUGCAGUAAUUCGUGUGAUGACAGGAAACGCAUUAAACUUGUGCGGAAUUUUCAAGGAUUUUCUUGGCUGAACUUAACCCUUACUAGUCCACACAUUAAGGGACAAGGAGUCGUGAAUUGUAAUUGUUCCGUUCAAAAACAGAUUAGUGAGGAAUCUUGGGCAGGGUAUAGGGGAAUUCUGGAUAUUGACGGAAGCGUUGAUGCGUGGGGCUCAAGGUGGCGACUGGAAAGCGGAAGUGUACUUUUUCAGGUUCGUUCUUCUUUCGAAAGUCACUUUAGUGCCAGGUUAGUGAAUGGUGUGCACUACGUGCUUCUGAGUGCCAAUCUAAGCGAUCUUGUAGGAAAGACAACGAUUAUUACGAGCAAUGAGCAGCGGGACAUCGGUUAUCUUACUACUUUAGCAACAAAUGCUCGUGGUGUCUUGAAGACAAUAUCGUACGAUGACGCCGUCCAAGAAGUCGGUAUUAAAUUAAGGAAAUACCAGCACUCGAAGUUUGAACACUCGAAACAUGAUCCAUUACGCGGUUGAUGCCCUCACAAAGUUUCGUGACUUGAAAAGGUCGGGAAGACGGUUUUCGGACCCCUAAGGAGCCUUUUUUAAAAAAGCACGGAAGUAUGACAAGAAAAACAAAGGCGGUGUACUGUACUGCAGAUUUCGAUCAAAAUAUAUUUUUCAGCUCGCGGAGAAAAUCGCGUCGCAGGGCUGAACGCCGGCAUUGGCGCCGCGCCGCGGCACCGCGCCGCGGUCAUGACGCGCACGAAGCGACAAAAUGAACGGGAGAGAGGUCGUCCGCGCGUUCCACUGGAUGCUAUGAAAUUUAAGCGUCGAUGCCACAAUACCUCGACUG